GUAUACUACACCGCAGCCACAGGAAUCCCUAUAUAUACCAGAGAUAAAAGCCAACAUUGGCACACUGCCUUAUAUCUUCAAAACAGAUAAACCAAGUAACAACAAGAGUUACCUUUCUCUUAAUCAACAAAAACAGAGAACCAUGAAGCAAAAGGUGGUGAUCAAGGUUACUUCAAUGAAUGGACAGAAGUCACGCUCCAAGGUCCUGAAGAUUGCAGUUGGGGGUUUUGGGGUUGAAUCAGCGGCUUUGAAAGGGGAUGACAAGACUCAGAUAGAGAUAACUGGAGACGGGAUGGACCCUGUUGCUCUUACAAGUUUGUUAAGAAAGAAAGUCGGGCAUGCAGAGCUUGUGAGCGUUGGCCCUGCUGGUGGUGGAGAUAAGAAAGAAGAAAGCAAAGGAAAAGAAAAUGAGCCUAAGAUAGAGAGCCUUCAGGUCUGGUCUUAUCCUAGCGGUGUGCCUCACUACGUGUUUCCCGUUGAUCGACCCUAUGACCCCUAUUAUAAUUCUUGCUCCAUCAUGUGAAAGACAGAGAGAGACAGAGUAUUAGAGAAUGUUUUGUGUACAGUCGUUGAUUGAAGGGAGGCAAUUGUUACUCAGCUGAGAUGGUGUUGUACAAGAGAUGGAGACUUUGUUUUUCGUUAGCACCUUUGGCUUUGGGAUUUUGUUGUUGUCUACCGUCUGCAGAGCUAGUUUGUUGUUACACUUUGCUAUUAUUUUCUUUUUCCUCACUGACGAGGUGAGGAGUUUGUAAUAAGGUUUUUGAUGAAAUUCAUUUCCUAAUUUCCACA